UUGCUGCGGGGGCGGCGGGAGGGUGGGCGGCUCAAUCCAGGACCCAUGGAGGAGGAAGCGCCCACCCCGCCAAGAGCAGGUGCGGGGCGGGGCCGCUACGGGAGGCAGGGCGGGGCUCCUGCCGCAGCUCCGCCCCAGGCGCAGGUUUAAAAGCAGGGAAGGCGGGCCCCUGGAGCCAGCUGCGGGCGCGGGCUGGCAGACGGAGCUGUGGGCACGGCCAUGGCCCGGCACGCGGGGGGCGCUUGGUGGCUUAGUGGCCUCCUGCUCUUCGCGCUGCUGGCAGCCGGUGUCUCCCCGCUCAACUGGGAUCUUCCGGAAUCCCGGGGCCGAACAAGCAAGAUCCGAGUGCACCCGCGGGGCAACCUCUGGGCCACCGGUCACUUCAUGGGGAAGAAGAGUCUGGAGUCCCCCAGAGCAUUCCCGUUGGGGACAACUCCCCAUACCUCCCUGAGGGACCAGAGACUGCAGCUGAGUCAUGAUCUGCUCAGGAUCCUACGGAUAAAGAAAGCUCUGAGCAUGAGCUUCAGCAGCCCAGCACCCCAAACCCAGUACAGGAGGCUGCUGGUGCAGAUACUGCAGAAGUGAUGCCAGUAUUGGGACAGACACAACAUGGCUUAGAUUGUGCCCACCCAGGCAAGUUGCUGAAUGGAACCCUAGUGGUGGCCCCAUCUGGAUGUAAAUCCUGAGCUUGAAUCUGUUAUUCCAUUACUGUGAUUUCCGUUUGGUUCGCCAGAAAUAUUGCAGUUGCAAACACAACCUAUGUUCCUGCUGUUUUUCUUGCUUCUCUGAUGAAGUUGUGAAUAAAACCCUGCUGUUUAUAUAUAGAA